UGGAUUGUCAAAUCUUGUCAAAUUAUUACAUUGCCGGAAAAUUCACUUUUGCAAGUUGUGUGAAACAUUUGUGUGCUGGAAAAGUGUUCUCAUUUAUAGAUAGAUUUUAGCUAAAUAUAAUAAAUUUAUUGAACUGCACUUUGCGCUAUAGCAAGAACAAUGAAGGACGAAGAUUUUGUGCGUGGCGACGUCAUGGACUUGAAGGAUGUAAUGGACGAUGCAAAAUUCUGCACACGGCUCGACUGCCGCUGUGUGCGCCUGAUACCCUAUCGUUUCGAUCAAAUUGAACCAAUCACCUUCACCUCGAAGGGCAUUCGCAUUGAUGGCCUAGUGCCGAAGUUCACCCUGAACAUCUACAAGCACGAGGUGAUCAAUGUGAUGGCAAAUUUCGGAGGCACUGACCAGCCCCAGGCCCUGCUUGCGCUCAAUUUGCGCCAGACAUGCGAGGAGUAUGUGAUGACGCAGCUCGGUCUGCCCAAAGAUCAACAGACUGGCGUCCACCCACAAACCCGACGCCUCGUGCUGCAGUUCGCUGGCAGCAUCACCCUCACUGCCCGCGAGCACAUCAAGACGUUGUUCAGCCGCCUGGACGAGAUCUCAGCCGAAGCUGCGGCCGAAAUAUUCCGUCGCAUUGUCAACUACGAUAGCAAGGCUUGGGACAAGGCCAUACAGCCAAUGCCACGGCAGCUGCAUGCCAGUGAGCAGGAGGAUCUACUCAUCUAUCCGCCCAGCGGAACGAGCCGCAUUCUCAUACACAUGUCGGACUUUGUGUGCCUGACCAAUGGUCACUAUAUCAACGACAUCAUCAUUGACUUUUAUCUGUUGUGGCUGAACAAGACACAGAUUCCGGUGGACGUACGCGAGCGUACGCACAUUUUUAAUUCGUUCUUCUACAAGCGACUGACGACGCUGAUGGGUCCCGUCAACUCGCGGCUGACAGCUGCGCAGAAGCGGCAUGCCGGUGUCCAAAAGUGGACCAAAGCGGUGGACAUCUUCGACAAGGACUUUAUCAUUGUCCCCAUCCAUGAGCAGAUGCACUGGCUGGUCGCCAUCAUCUGUUUCCCGAACCUCAGGGGCCCGGUCACCUGUGACACGGAUCAGCCUCAGAUUGGAAGCGGCGACGGCCCCAAACAGUUGCCUGCGAUGAAGCAGCCCCUGAUCCUCCUCUUUGACUCGUUGGGUGGAGACUUACACCGCAACAUCAUGUCCACGCUGCGGAAUUACCUCACUUGCGAGUACAAGAAAAAGAAGCCGUAUGCACAGGCGCGCAUCUUCGACGAGGAUAAUAUGCCCGGAUACUUUGUCAGAGUGCCGCUUAUGCCACCCAAAGACACCAACGACGGCCUCUUUCUGCUGCAGUAUGUGGAGCAGUUCUUUGCGGUGCCCAUCGAAGACUACAGACUGCCCAUCGAGGAUUUAACGAACUGGUUCGACUUGCUCACCGUCAACAAAAAGCGUGAGGACAUUGCCAAUCUCAUCCAGCAGCUAAUGGACGAGGAGGCUAGCACUCAGCAGUGCCAGCGCCUGAUCCUGCCGGUCAUCGAGUUGCCCACUCUCAAUGGCCAGCUGGUCAGCAGCAACACAACGAAUGCGGCAGACAUAGUAGAACGGCGUGACACCAGCAGCAGCUCUAAGAUACCCAAGAUCGAGGGCUAGCAACGGGGAGACAUGCCACAAGGGCAGCGCACAUUGGGGCAGCAACAGCAGCACUAUAGAAUAGAUGCCAUGCACACCAGAUCUCUUAGUAAAUACAAAUAAAUAGCACCCCCAAUUAUAUCCUGCUGCCG